GCUACCACAAAAUCCACCGCGUCCGUCGUCACUCGACACCUUUUCCCUCUCUGGCUUUCGUCAACAUGGCCAUGUCGGCGAGUGCUCAGCGUGCGGUGCUGCGGUCUGCCAUGCUGGCCGCUCGUAGCAGCGGUGCAUCGCCUCUUCGCCUGGGAGUGGCCGCCGGCUUGGGCGUGAAUGGAAGCAGCAGCAGCAGGUUUGCCGGCAACGGUGCCACUGCCCCCCGGCUCUUCUCGACCAGCCCAUUUCUGGCCGCGCGAGCCGACACGGGCCCAACGCUCCUCAAGGAUGGAACGAACUCUGCGCCUGGGAUCAUGGAUUCAGCUACGCUCAACAAGCAGUCGGCACAGGCGCUAGGUGCCGGCCAACCUGAGCAGCUCCAGCCAUACCCUGACUACUCCAAGGGACCCAGCGCACUUGACAAAGCCAGUCAGCUGUUCUUCUUCACUGAGAUUCUGAGAGGCAUGUGGAUCGUCCUCGAAAACUUCUUCCGGCCACCUUAUACGAUCAUGUACCCCUUCGAGAAGGGGCCGCUGAGCCCUCGAUUCCGCGGUGAACACGCACUGCGUCGAUACCCGACCGGCGAGGAGCGCUGCAUCGCUUGCAAGCUCUGUGAGGCUAUCUGCCCUGCGCAAGCCAUUACAAUUGAAUCGGAGCCCCGAGAGGACGGCGCUCGUCGGACAACUCGAUAUGACAUCGACAUGACGAAGUGCAUCUACUGUGGCUACUGCCAGGAGGCCUGCCCUGUCGACGCCAUUGUCGAGACGCAAAACGCAGAGUUCAGCACCGAGUGGCGAGAGGAGCUCUUGUACAACAAAGAGAAGCUCUUGGCAAACGGUGAUCGAGCAGAGGCAGAGUACGCCGCCAACUUGCAGCAGGACCAUCUGUACCGUUAAAAGGCGCACGAUGCUUAAUGAUGGAGAGGAAGAUUUC